CUGUUUUGCUUUUGGUGGCGGGAAGCGGAUAUCUUGCUAUCAGUUUGGCUUUUCUUGUAUUUUUAACAGCAUUACGUGCAGCAUAGCAAAUUAGCCUGUCGUAGUUCACCCAGUUAAUGAAAGUUUGUCUCGUAUCAUGCGUGAGUGUGAUUACUGACGUUUGCGUGGAAACACUUGGACAUUGAUAUUCUUCGACAGCUGAAAGUUGCAUAAACUACAAUGGAGAGUUUAAUACGCGAUAAUCCGCUGCUUUUGCCCCUGAACAAGAAGAAAACAGUCUAUGAUGGGUUUAUAACCGUACAGGAAAGAGACUUCAGAAUAAGAAUACUCCUCCCCCCGGAUCUCCAACUGAAGCGGGCCAGGCUGCACUGCUGUUGGCAGCUGAAGCACCUGUUGCGUGAAUAUGAGCACAUAGUGAAGCAGAGGCUGCAGCAGUCCGUGGAUCUUGGCGGUUUCAUUCUGGAGUUGAAAACCGUUUUGGAAGUGGCUCUAAAUCGAUGUCCAGACAGUCGCUCCGUCCCGCCUCCUCGAUUUUACUCCCAGCUCAUAUCUGAGAUGGAGACUGUCGGAUGGGAUAAGAUGCUUUUCAUAGACAUGGACUUCCAAACACUGAAGCUGAGGGCAGACGACUCCUCUGGAAGGAAGCACACUCUCACUGUUAAACUCAAGUCAAAGCAUCCAGCGGAGGCUCCUGACUGUUCAGCUGACCUGCCAGUCCCUUUGACCAUCACCUGGACACCACAGAGUACUCUAGGGCAGCUCCACAGCCAGUUCCUGCUGGUUCUGGAGUCCCUGACGGACUUCUGGGAUGUCCUGGAUGAGAUCGACAGGAAGACCUGGGUUCUAGAGCCGGAGAAACCCAGCCGUUCCGACACGAUGAGGCGGAUCGCCAUAGGAAACAACGUCUCCAUCAAGGUGGAGGUGGAUCCGCGGCACCCGAAGAUGCUGCCAGAGUGCUGCCUGCUGGGAGCCGAUCAUGUGGUGACGCCGCUGAGGAAUAAACUCAAUGCCAACAUGCACAUGUGGAACCCGGACUCCAGCGUCUUGAACAACCUCCGGGAUGUUUUGGAGAUCGAAUUCCCGUCACCGGCCACCCACGAAAAAUCUAGCUUCAAUGUGGAGUGUGGCAUCUGUUACUCCUAUCGGCUUGAAGACGCCAUCCCAGAUCAAGUGUGUAAUGACCCCCGCUGUGGCCAGCCCUUCCAUCAGGCCUGUCUCUAUGAGUGGCUGAGAGCGCUCCCCUCCAGCAGGCAGAGCUUCAGCCUUGUUUUUGGAGAGUGUCCUUAUUGCAGUAAGCCUAUUACAGUGAAAAUGGCCCCCCAGAAGACCUGAGGAGCAGCAUGAAAAGAAAAUGACCUUCUACCUGCUAAAUAAGUCACUUAUGCUAUUGAACUGAACUUCAGCGAACAAAAAAGCAGCUCCCACCAGAAGGAUGAAUCCCACACAGACAAACCUGGACUUC